AAAAGCGUUGACGACAUCACUUGUUUUGCGAAACGGCGAUUGAACAGCAGAACUGUCUCUUUAAGAAACACCCGGCCGGAAGCUGCGAAUGCGCGCGCGCUUUGACGACGAGGAAGUGAACAUUGAAACAUUACUUGAGAUGUCACGAGCAGUAUUCAGAUGAUGGCCGUUCAAAUGCUGACGGUUGGAGGAGAUGUGCUGGUGUUCCAGUGUAAGACCGUGAGCUCCAGAAGCCGAGAUCAGCGUCAAGGCUCAGAGGUCACUUUCUUCAGCCUGACCUUUAACCCUGACACUCAGAGCUUCUUCAGCAAAGAUCACACCAUGUACCCGCUGCACAGAGACGGCACUGCUGAAUCACACAUCGUUCACUGUUCCUGCGCUCUGGAUGUUCGACAGAGAAGAAAAGUGCCGUGCGUUCUGCUCAGACUGUGCCGGAAGAGAACGUCAGCUUUCAAAUACACGCUGUACUCCGUAAACAGUCUCACAGAUGCCGAGCUUCGUGUGGAGUUUGUGUUGCCGUAUGAGAUGAGAGAGAAUAUUUCAAUAUUACAAGGCCCUACUUUAGUGUGGUGUCAUGAAAACACAGUCUGCUACGUGUGUUCACAGACUCCUGGAGUGAAGGAGGUUCCUGUACCCAUGACUGUUAGGUUUAUUGGGGAAUUGCCUCUCCGUCAGAGGAAACUGGUGGUUCUGGGGACCCCAGUUGUGUCUAAAAAAGGACUCAAUGAAUCGGGGUUGAAGAACACGCUCUACUUCAUAGAAGAUGAGAGAACUUUGACUGGAGACUGUCUGGUACCUGACGCCUACAGUUCUGUGAUUCAGUGUAUGGCCGUGUUGUCAGCUGAUGAGACGGGCGGUUCUGUGAGAUCUGCUGUGCUGGUGGCUACGAGCAUGAAGCAGCUGGUGUAUUUUGAGAACGCUGUUCCUCUGGAUGUUUGUCCUCUGCCAUACGAGCAUCCUCAGAGCAUCCAGACGCUUCACACGGUCAGAAAUGAUCUCUUCAUCAUCACCUUCAGUCAGGGUAACGUCUGUGCCGUGUGGAAAGACUCGUUCCAGGUGGGCUGUUGUUGGACUGAUGUGCGUGUGCUGCUGGUGGAUGAUUUUCUGAGAUGCGGGACGGAUCAGAUCCUCCUCGUGUUUGAAGAGCCGAGGUCUUCUGGAGAGUUGCUUAGCAACUUCCUCCUCACCGAUCUGUGUGGCAUCACAUAUUCAUGUGGACAAGCAGUCAGUGAUGUCUCGAGUACAUCAGACACAGCGCAGGAAAACCACCUGCUCACCGUCAGAGCUUUAGAGUCCAGACUACAGAGCGGUCUGAACUUUCUUGAGGAUCUUCAGAGGGAUGUAGAUGUUAAAGACAGACUCUUACAUCAUGUGUUAGUGGCUUUGACUGAUCUGAUAUCCGGCAGAAAACAUGCGAUCUCGUCUCCAGAACAGGAGGGUCUUGUGUCUCUGUGGGAUGAAGAUGAGGAUGAUGAGGGACACGUCUCUGAGGAACAGAUGCAGACUGAACGUGACGAAGCUCCAGUGAAGGUGCUCCGAGUUUGGCAGAGAGUCAUCGGGGAGAGUUUGGUCUAUGGCAUCGUCAUGUCAACCACAAAUAACACGUGUGUAAUGAACAUGAGUGCUUCAGUGUUAGCAGAUUGUCCCGUAGCCGUGAAGAGCAGGAGUUUCAUACAGCGCAGCUCCACAUCAGACACGAGUGAACGCUGUCAUCCACCACCUGUGAAGAACAUCAGACAUUCUGCUGACAUCACAUCAACAUUCACUCUACUGACAGUCACUGAUCUCAAUCCAUUAUUCACCUCCAGCUGGGUCACAUAUCCCAUCAUACUCCAUUACUGCACACCAACAUCAGCUCGAGUCUCUCAUCACUGCGGACACAUCUCAGUGGACAUCAAAGAUCUUCACUCGGGGAAGAUGAGUCCACGGCUUCUACAGGACACUAAAGUCAAUACAGAAGAAUUCAGAGAUGAUCUUCUCAGUCUGAGGGCCGUGAUGGACUCGUGGUGUUUUCUCAUCGAUUGCUGUGAUCACACGCUGGCUGAUGUUCAGGGUUGGUUGCGGGUUGAGCUGCACGCUGAGCGACUGGAGGCGGAGCCAAACUACACCGCACCCCCUUCUGCUCUACUGCUCUUUCAUUGGGUGCAGAAAACACCCUUCCAGGGGCUCUUAACAGUACACUACAGAGACCAGCUGGAUUUGCUGAGGUUUCUGAACUCACUGUGUGAUUUUCUGCCCGCGUCACAUGGCGUGAAGCUGGUCGGGACCCCGAGGUCUCACGGACGUUCUGGAGGUCUGUCACAGACUUUAGAGACAGAGAUACAGAGCAUCACACAGGCGGUGUCUUCUGUUCUUCAGUGUGAGGAUAGAGGAGUAGAGAGAUGCUCCUCAGACACCUCCUCUGAGACCCUGCAGAGAUUAAGAGACGAGCGGCAGGCAGAGAGAGAGAGGUACAAUAAAAGGCUGCGACCCCUGGUGGACGCUGUGCGCUACUGCAGACUCAUGGAGAGCUUGAUUCACAUGCAGAUGAACGGUGAUGUAGUCGCUCUAAGAGAAGCACAGACAGAUAUACCCCGUCUGUAGACUGAGGGUGAGACACUCUGUCCUGGAGUAGAGAAAUGAUGGUUUUGUCUGAGGAACACACCCAUGUUUAUGUUUGAUAAUCUUCAUCUGGGUUGCAACUUUUUAAUGGCAUUAUUAGUCACAAACUGAAGUGCAAUAGACCAGUUAAAUAUUCUGUUGUGCGGUUGUAAAUCCGUAUGGGAGUCUUUCUUCAGGGAAACACAACAGAAGAUAUUUCGAGAAAGUAUCAGUGGUUUUCUGUUCAUCAAUGGGAUUCAGUGUUGUUUAAUGAUCAACAUUCUUCAAAAUAUCUUCUUCUGUGUUCUAAUGAAGAAAGACUCAAAACAGGUUUGACAUCAGGAUGAGGGAGAAUAAACAAUAACAGAAUUCUCAUGUUUAGCUGAACUGAGCUUUCAUGAAGACUUCAAUCUCAUCUAAUUCAUUGAACUUCUCUCUUCGUGUUCCUCAGAGAAGAUGUUUGAAGGGUUUUACAGUGAAAUGUAAAAAGUUUGUCCUCACUGGUGUGUUUCAGUCAGCUCUCAUCCAAAUCCACACUGAUGAUGUGUUGUCAUGAGCUUCAGCUGACCUCUCCCGAGACUCUUUUAAUGUUUCUGUGACAUUUCUACAUGAAACACUUCAGCUUCUCUCAGUCUCAGAGGUGUACGGAUGAAGCAGUCUCCCUGUGCGUCGUCUUCUUCAGAGAAGCUCCUGUUUUCUGUUCAGCCCUGCAGAGAAACCAGCUUUACCUUCCUUCAGUUUAACAAACUCCACCGGCAGAAUUAACAUCAACGUUUGUCGAAAAUGUUUUUCAUUUCCCCUCGGUUCUUGAUCAGAGAAAUGAGAUUCAAUUAAAUCUGAAGGUUUCACUUAUGAAAACAUGUCUGGGAGG